CGCACAUCCUCUGCAUAGUUCUGUGAGAAUCAGAGGUGAGGAAACGUGCAAUCAUGCAGUGGAUGUGAAUAUACUGGGAGCAGAAUCAUUGCUGUGUAGUUUUCUCGAACUGCGCAGGCCCAUGUUGGACAUUGUUCACUCGACGUUCAGCUGCAUGCCUGCAGCACUCUGGCAGACUUUUGUUGAUGACUUCGUCUGAGGGAGCCACGCAUAUUUGUCCAGAUUGGAUAAGGGAAGCAAGCAAGCGUCUUAUUAUUUUAUAAAAGGCUCGUCUCACCCGUGUCGAGUUGAUGUGAUGGUCCGGAGAGGCACGACUCUGAAAAUAGCUCCACACCAGCCUCUGAGCGUGGGCUGCCCGGUCAGACACUGUGGAACAUGGCUGAGCGUCACCUGGUGCAAAAUACUCGACCGAAACCGCUGCGAACGGAUGAAAAGUACAGAGAAUGUGGAAAUAAGACAGAAAGACGGCCGGGCUAAGGAUGAACUGAUCUCAUACUUAACUUUCAAACGGAUUUCUGCUCAUGACGAUGGCCUGUACAAGUGUUAUUUAGAAGCGUAUGAAUACGAGUCGAUCAGUCAUACCAUCAACAUCUCAGUGUCAGACAUACACCAGGGGGUCGAAUCAACUGACAAUAGUGAAGAAGUUGUGUCCCUGAGCACUGCUGGUGAUGAGGCUGGGUCCUGGCUCCCCUACGUCUAUAUCUGUGGUGGCAUAGCUCUACUGGUCUUCUCCAUCACAGCGUUGACUCACCUGCAUUUUCACGGCUGUAAACAAAUGCUGACCCACAAGCCAACAAAGGGACAGGAAACAUCCGCCCACAUGCUACCUGCCCUCCCCAAGUGGGGUGCUCCUUCCGCUCCCGUCGAGCAAGCCCACUUCGUCCGGAAGGCCCCCCCCUCUCCGAGGCCUGCAGGGUCGCCACCUUGCCCGAUCGCCGGUGGGAAGCAGCCUUUGGCAGGACGCACCGCAGAGGAAAGGCAAGCGUCUCCCUAUGCCGUGUACGCAGUCAUCAACCAUGCACAGACGGGGAUUCCCGCCAGAAAACAUCACGCUGCCACUGGACAAGACAAACCCCCAGGAGACGCCAGUGCCAAGUACACGGUGGUUAAACGGCCCGCCCCCCUGUAGAGGAGUCGGAUGGAGGAGGCUACAGGCAAAGCAUCAGAUCUAUUUGUUCUCUCAAUGUCACAUUUCUUACAGCUGAUACUUCUUUAUAUUCCUAAUGUCUUGUUAUGAUUUUGUUAAACCCCCCCAUUAACUUAAUUUAUACGACCUGUAUAAAUGCUUUUUUAAAAUUUGACUUAUUUGACUGUGUUGGCUGACGUUCUGGCAGGCGGUUCGCUUUGGUGGUCUGUGACAAGUGCAAGUAUUUUGUUCUUUGAAAGGCAGCAGAUGUGGUGCCUUUGAUAGUUAUUUUUGCACUUUCCAUGUGUUAUGACAUGACAAUUUUGCAGAAAGUAUAAUUUGGCCCGGCUCAUCAUGUAGUUCUCGCGAGAGAGAGAUGUCACAAUUGCCACAUAUCAUAACAUAUUCACAAGUCCGACGUUUCACGUCGCACGGAUUUUCUGUCCCGCACCGACCUCAGUGUUUUUCACUGCUGCCAGUGGAAAUGUUGCACCUGGUUUAGUUUACAUGUGCAGGAAGUUGAAUGGCACAUCAAAGGUUAUUGGGACAUAAUUCUUUUUGUGGCGGCAGAUGCCGUUAACCACCAGUUCACAUUCGAGUGUAAGACCACCGAUUUCCUAUGUAAAGUCACCAGAAGUCGACAACAAAACCAAUUUUUUUAGGACGAUAUGUUCCCACAGUAUAGGCUGUACUCUUUUGAGCUUGUAAGCCCCUAAAACAAAUAUCAUAUCUACCCACAACGCUUAUAAGCGGCAGAAAAAUCUGAACAUCUUCAGAAUUUCACUAGAAAAAUGGCAAAUUUAUUGAAAUGUUACACAAGUGACAUUGGGAACCACAGCCACAGCUAGUGGUGACAUAGCAGACUACAGUAAGUUAUCGUCGACAAACAUAUUUCAUAUGUAAGCUGUGGUGACUGGUAUAGCCCGCACACAAGUCCCCCCCUCUCUGUUUCUCUCACACACAUCACUAGUUGUGUUUUCUUCUCUCUCUCUCUCUCUCGUGGACAAAGCUCCAGUUGAGACGGCAGAGAGAUGGAGGGUGCGCAGGCAGUGUCUGAGACAGAUCGAGAUAUGAUCAAGUUAUCAGACCUUCGGUCUGUCAGUUCGUCAUUGACAUUCAAAUUGACAAAAGAAGAGAUUUAUUAUUUUCUCAAUGCAAAUUGAGAGUUCAUUUACAUUAAAUAGCCUCUGGUGUGGUUAACUUUUAUAUUAUAUUUUAGGAAUGUAGUGUCUUUUUGAUCCAGGCAGGGUUUUAUGGCUGGAGACUUUCAAAUUUACUACACUUUUUUUUUUAACAAUUGCACAGAAAACCAUCAAACCUCAACUAACUUACUUAAGACACCAAACUUUUUUUUAAAAGGCCAUUCACUCAUGGUUUCAACAUCACAAAAAGCUUAAUAAUUCAUCCAGCUGGAUGCAAAAAUAAUGCAAAAUGUUACUCAAACAGCAGUAGGAUAAAUCGUUCAUCUGGGGGCUAUGUGUCAGCCGUGGAUUAACAGACGUUUGAGUGAGCCAUAGCAAGCAGGAUGGUGUAUAUUUUAUUCUUUGAGGGCCAGGAAAAAGACAGAGACACAAAGAGGGGAAUAUUUUAAGGACCAUUAACCAUCAAGCCUCAACACUUCACCGAAGCCCGGUCAGGCCCGACUCGGGAAAAAGUUUCAGCUUUUCAAACUUUCUUAGCAUUUAACACGCGUGGACUCGCUCACAACUCCUAACUCCCUCUCUCCGGAUCUUAAGCCACAUACUUAAAGAGGUGUAAGUGUGUGUGUGGCAUCAGUCCACAUCCCAACAUCUUAAAACCCUUAAGACCAGCUCAGCAGUAGUCUUCUUCUCUGCUGUCUCAAAUCAGGUCCAGCUGUAACGCAAUAUUUAUCUAACAGAUAUAAUCUGACAGUUCAAAAUCCUAUGUUGUCGCAGAGCUUAUGAAUACAUAAGGGACAGAAUCGACAAGUGCAGUAAGCUCGCUUGUGUGCACAACAUGUGUGUAUUAUAUUUUGUUUUGCUCUGCAGUUGUCCAUCAUAACCCGCCUGGCUUAGGAUGAAAAAGGUCUAAAAAACCCCGGCAUCUGGCAGGCAGGUGUGGCACAUCAGAGAGGACUUUUAUGUUUUUAAAAGCUGAGCAGAAAAAGCUGAAAGGUUGGCAAGAUUUAAAAAAAAAAUGAUAAAGAGGCAGACACUUAUGUUUUAUUAUUCUUUUUGUUGCAUUUAUUAUGUCAAGUUUAAAUAGUUGGUCAUAAACACACUGUGUCAACAGUUGCUCUAUACAGGACUGGAUGCUUUUUAAUUAAAAACUAAUCUGAAACUACA